AAGAAGCCUUGCAAAACUAUAUAGCCAGCCCGUUCCAUCACCUGAACAAACGAAAAAAACCCCAGGCGCAGUUGAUACACCUAGAACUUCAGCUUCAACGGUUUCUAAUAUGGGUUCCUCUGCAGAACGGAGAAUUCAAGAGCAGCCCAGUACAUUGGAAGGACUAUUAUCAAACUUCAAAAGAAUGGGUAAAGCUGUAAAGGCUGUAAAAGCUGAAAGAAGCGCUUCAGGGGAAUAUAGCCCGCCCGUUCAAUCACUUGAACAAACGACAAAAGACUCAGGCGAUGAUGUGGAUGCCGUAGAACUUCAAAAUCUAGAGUGGUCCGCUACACCUACAGAAUCAGUCGACCUAGACGAAAUUGAAAAAUUUAUUGAAGGAUUUUUAUACGUUUCCGAAGAACAUAGCCCGCCUGUUCCAUCACCUGAACAAACGACAAAAAACCCAGACGCGGUUGAUACUCCAUGUCCUUCAACUACAACGAGAUAUGGGAGUCCCUCUGCAGGACAUCAAAUUCAAGAGCAGUCCAUUUCACUUGAACAAGAAACAAUAGACACAGAUGAAGUGUGGAAAAAGUAA